AUGUACGGCGGUGUUGGGGAUAUUCUUGUGGGUUUUCUAGUAUCGUUAGUUGUAUAUGUAUUGUGGUCCAGGAGAAAAUUGUAUCUGAUUUCUGCUCGUCUUCCCGGGCCCUUUGCCUUGCCUAUCAUCGGAAAUGGAUUAUAUUUUUUAUGCGACCAACAAGAAUUGUUGCAAAGAUUGGUGAGACUGACCAAUAAGUAUGCCUCCUCACCCAUGCGAAUAUGGUUAGGACCACGACUAGCAAUUUUUGUAAAAGAUCCGGACCAAUUACAGAUUAUUCUACAGUCGUCGAAGAUGAAACAGAAGUCGUACAUUUACAGUUUUUUGGAACCAUUCAUGGGUCAAGGAUUAUUCACAUCAGGAGGUAACCAUCAUAAAAACCAUAGAAGGAUACUGCAACCGUUAUUUGGACCAACUUACGUUGAAGGAUACAGCUAUUUAUUUCAGAAACAUGCUGAUAAACUAGCAAAAGCCUUGGAGGCGAAAGCUGAUAAUACCUCAUUCGACGUUUUGCAUUACCUUCAUGAGGCUGCAUUCGAAGCAACGAUGGAUAUUAUGCUGGAGGAUAAGAAUGAACAUUCGUUAGAUUACAAGGACAUGCCCGCCUACGUAAGACGCUUUUAUUAUAUCUUUGUGCAGAGAAUUUUGAAUUUUUGGUAUCAUCUGCAAGUAAUAUUUGAGAGAACCAGUUAUUAUAAAGAACAGAAACAUAUGACAAAUAUAGCAUUAACCAUGACCAAAGAGAUCACUGAUAGCUUAGUGCCGGAAAUCCAGAAAAGGUUGGAUUGUAAAGACGAUGUGACGAAACAAGCCAAUAAUGAAAUUAGAACUCCGUCUAUGUUGGAGACGUUGAUGGAGAUGUGUAACAACAAACCUGACCUGCUCACUGAGCAAGAAUUCACUGAUCACAUGAUGACGUUUGUUGCAACGAGUCAAGAUACUCAGAGUUCAGCCAUAGCAUUCACCUUAAUGAUGUUGGGUAUGCAUCCGGAAAUUCAAGAUGCUGUAGUUGAAGAAUUAAACGAAGCUUUGGACGGCAAAGACCGAAUACAGUUCGGCGAUUUGGGAAAACUUAAAUACAUGGAGAUGUGCCUUAAGGAAUCGAUGAGGCUGUUUCCUUUGGGACCGUUCCUUAUCAGGGACACCGUGGAAGAUUUUCCAUUAGGUGACUUAGUUUUGCCCCAAGGAUGUACAGUUGUUUUAGGAAUUUAUAAUGUGCAUAAAAGUCCUAAAUUAUGGGAAAAACCAAAUGAAUAUUACCCUGAUCACUUUCUACCCGAAGCUGCUUCCAAACGCCAUCCAUACGCGUACCUUCCUUUCAGUGCGGGCCCCAGGAGAUGUAUUGCUCAAAACUAUUCAUACGUGAAUAUGAAAAUCAUCGUAUCAACAAUUUUACAAAAAUUUAGGGUGUAUUGCGAAGGAGACCUGAAAAAUUUAGAGCUGAUAACAGAUGUAUCUAUUAGACCCAAAAACGGAUAUUUAAUAAAGCUUUUACCUAAAUAA